UGCAGAUAAAUACAUAAAACUAAAUUCUAAAAACUUAUAGUGUUACAAUUUUAUUAAAAUUAACAGCGUGUCAAUCGUUCUACGUUUAAAUAAAAAUAAAGAAAGUAACACUAUAAUUGUUAAAUAGUAUUACAAAUUAAAGUAAUGAAUAUGGCACUACCGAUCAAGCAGGUCUUAGUGAUCAAUAAUUUUUUCGAGAUUAAUUUAUAAACAUUUACAAGUUUCCUUCAACUACGCGCCGCAAUACUAUCGGAUUUAAAACACAGCUUUAAAAAAGAAUCCGAAUGUAAUAUCACAAAAUUAAAUUGCUUAUCAAUAUUAACUUCGGAUUCUUCUUUAAAGCUGUGUUUCAAGUCCUAUGAUACUGCGUGCAGCUGGGAGAAUCUUGUAAAUGUUUAUAAAUUCAUCUAGAAAAAUUAUUUAGCGCUAAUAACUGCUUCCAAUUGGUAACGCCGUAUUUAUUAUUUCAAUUUGUAUUACAAUUUUCUAUCCUAUUAAGAUUUAUUAAAUAGUAUUAUUACAGUAUCAACACAUAAAUAACACAUCACAAUCUAACUUUGCUAUAAAGCAUUGAUAACUAACUUAAAAUUAAAUUUUAAAAUUAUUGUCACGUAUUUAUUUGGCAUAAUUAUUACAAAGUUAUACAACUUAUCAGGAGUCAAAUGGUUAUAGCUAACAAUAAGAUAUAUUUUAUUGAAAACUGUACUUUAUGAAUGCUAGUAUUAGAAUGCCGAUGUAGAUGCAAAGAAGGUGGAAAUGUGCUUGCGCGACUUCUGUUCGAAUAGUGCAAUUUCAUGGUAAUAAUAUAAUUGUCGCAGUAUCUCUAGAGAGAAAUUGAUCGCAUAAAUAUUUGAUGAGAAGUUGGUGAAAUGAACGCGUUUGGUUCUCAUGGCAAAUUAUUACACAAUUUGGUGUAAAUGGUUAUAAAUGAUGAAAUUUACGUUUAACAUUUUUUUUCUUUAGAAGAAAGAUCAGUAUAUUUAAUCGAACAGUAAAAGAAAGACGGAACAAGAGAAUUUGUCCAUGUCUUUGAAUCUCAUAGUAAUAUUUUGGUGCUCGUAGAGAGAUGACACGUAUUUCUCAAUAUUGUAAUCUCAAUAAAAUCCUACUGCUUGCUCUCGGGUUUUGGCCUUAUGAACAAUCUAAAUUAACUCGAUUUCACUGCAAUAUUUUUCGUGUUAUUUUAUCAACGGGUAUUGUAUUUCAGAUAACACCAUUGAUAACAUUAAAAUGUACUUCUGAACUCGUUAUCAAGGUGCCGUAUCUUUGUGUACAAUGUUUUUAAUUCCAUAUCAUUCAUACUAUCUUAAUAUUGAAGUUGUAAGUUAAUGUCUUAUUUUAGGUAGCAAGCUGAUGAUAUUUGUUGUCAUUUUACCACUGUCAAAGACGUUAUUUUUACAUUGUAGUGACGAUGAAUAACAUCAGCUUGUUACAUGAGGUACAGUAUUCGUCGAAUAAGAUCGGGCAAAUAAAUUGUUAUAGUAAAAAUUGUUUUUUGGUAUGUACAAAAGAUAGUAUAAAAAAUUAAUAAAAUGGCAGGUAAAGAAUUUACUAAUACAGCUUGAACAUGUACAUAAUAAGUUAAAGGAUAAAAACGAAAUUGCUAUUGUAUACGAAUAUAGUAGCAUUGGCAAACGCUAUACGAUUGCACUUACGGGUAAGGUAAAAUGUAUUUUUUCAUAUAUUAUAAUUAUACUUUCAAUACAACAUAUUAGCUAAACAGAUGUAAGAAAAAGAAAUCGGUUUGUAACAUAUAAUAUGUAUAUAGAGAUUCUUAACGGUUGUACCCAUUUUUUACCAUAGAAGCAUGUUUUAACGACAGAUAUGUAUUUUUAACAAAUUAUUAUAUUAAAAAUUACAAAUGCAUGUUCCUAUCAUAAAAAGUACAAACAUUAAGAAUCAUCCUGUAUAUACAUUUUUGUAUAUACAUUUUUAAAAAUAAUAUACAUAAUAACAAUUAUGUCGUAAUUUUAAGUCAAGAAUCUAUUAAAACCCAGUAAUGAAUGUAAACACUAACUUUUCAAUAUAAAAUACUGAUUAAUCAAAAAGUUAUUGUACAAUUAAUGUAAAUGAGCGGCCAUAAUAUCACCUAUUUAUAUGAUGCGUAUAAUAUACGUAAAAUAAUUUUAGUUUCUAAGAACUUAACUAUAUAUAAAAAUGUAUAACAAGUUAUUUUGCUACUCUUUAGCAACUGCAUUUUGUGGACUCUUUGUUCUUAGUACAAAUCAAAUCUGGUUGAAUGUAAAUGAUACUAAUUUAUCAAUAAUGAAUAUAUCUGAACCACAUUAUUUCUUUGUCAUGGAAUACUUUAUUGAUCAGAAAAAAUAUUUUUAUUUAAUUCUACUGCACACUUGCGCAGUAUUAUACAUCGGGGUAACUGUACUGUUAGCAAUAGGCACAAUACUCAUUACAUAUAUUGAGCAUACCAUUGGAAUGUUUAAAAUUGCUUGGUACGAAUGUUGACAUAAAAAUGAGUAUAAUUAAAACUGUUAUUCAAAUUUUGUUACUUUCAUAUAACAUUACGUUAAAAAAAGUUUGUACGGAAGUUUUUUUAAGCAAAAAGAUUGUACUGUUUAUAAUAAAAACAUAAACAUUUAUAGUUAUCGCAUCGAGCAUGCAGUAAAAAUGGAUCUACGAAAUACUAUGCUAAAAAGUAAGAGAUUGAUGACUGAAGGCAUAAUUUGUGCUGUACACAUUCACCGGCCAGCUAUAAAAUUGUCCAAACGUAUAUUGUCCACGUUUGAAGCAAUGAUAUCUUGUUUCACGGGAUGUGUUGUAAUUUGCUUCAGCCUCAACUUGUUUCAACUUUUUCAAAUAACAUCAUUUAAAAAUAAUGUGCACGAAUUUAUACUGCAUUUUACAUAUGCAUCUAUAAGCAUAUUACACAUGUUUAUAGCCAACUAUAUCGGACAGAGUGUAAUCGACCACAAUAAUCACGUAAACAUUGCUGCGUACAACAUUCAGUGGUAUAGAACACCUUUACAUAUUCAGAGAAUGGUAUUAUUCUUGUUGCAAAGAAGAGCCAUUCAACAUACUUUAAAUAUUGGUGGAUUAUUUGAUGCGUCCAUAGAAGGUUUUGCCACGGUAAUAUGUUUGUAUAACAUUUUGGAAUUAUUUAUAAAUUAUAUAAUUAAAAAAAAUAUUUUUAAUUUUAGCUAAUAAAAGCUUCUAUGUCUUAUUUUACCCUCAUUAAUUCUGUACAGUAAAAAAAUAAACAUUAAUUUAUUAUUUAUGAUUACGGUAUAGUUAAUGAAGAAAUUGUAGCAUUUGCACUUAGAAAAUAGUGUUUAUUUUUUAAAUAUAUAGUAUUAAAUUUACGUUUACAUUUUUUUUGCUAAAGAAUAAAGUUAAUGUUACUUAAAUGAAGACAUUUUGUAUGCAAGGCAUUAAAAUCAUUGUGCUGUCUUCACAUGUGAAUAAAGCAUUUUUAAAUAUUUUAUAUUACCAUUAAAAUG